AUGAUCGGCAAGAAAGUCUCCGCGCUAAAGGCGGCGACCAAGGCCGUACACUCCCUGACCAAGAAGGCGAAGCAAGCGAUGCAGUCGCCCGAGGCGGUCGCGGCCGAGAUGCAGGUCGACAUAGACGAGCUCGGAUCUGGUGCGCCGGUCAGCCGCCACCACUGUCGCUGGUGCGGCGACGUGUACUGCGCGACCCACUCCUCAGAGCGUCGGAGGGUGCGCAACGGAGAGGUCGAGAAGGUGUGCGACUUGUGCGCCAUUCUGCUCGGCGGCGUGAAGGAGAUCAGUAACCGAGAAGCAGCCGGAUCCCCUGCCCGAGUUCCAGAUCCCCUGCCCGAUCCCCUGAACGAACCAAUCAGAGAGGUGAACUGUGUAUGCGAGAUGGACUUGCACCGCGCCACUCAGGACGGCGACCCGUCCCGGAUCGACCCGUUCGUCAUGCUCAGCACCGAGUGCGCUCCCCUUCUCAGCCCUGAGCUCGGCUGCCGCGCUGCCAUCGCCCUCCUCUCGCUGCUUGCGGCGAGUCACCUGUGGAAGGUGCUCCUCUGGGCGGUCGCUUCGGCCAGCAUCAACGCUGCCGCCAUCCUCGCGCUCCUCACGCCAACCUCGCGCGAGCAGCUGCACGAGCAGGCGCCAUGCGCCUCCUCACUGAGCCCCCUCGUGGACUGGGCACGUGUGGUCCUCGCCGGCGGCGACGCCUGCCUCGCCGCCCUCUGCCUCGGUCUCGCGAUGCGGCUCCUACAUGCACAUCCGCCGUCGGCCCUCGACGGGCUGUGCGCGCUGGGGGACGCGGGCUGCCUCGCCUACACAGCCACUCAAAACACGCGCCAGUUGCUUCUCCUCGCGCGCGCCCGCGCCCAGCGAGGCAACUAUGUGGAACUCACAGAGCUAGAGUGAAGCCGGCGCCCAGUGGCACGUUGGAACGUGUGGAACGGCCCGACGUUGUCAUGCGAUUCUUUAUGCUGAGUA